AUGAGCCAAAAAUUGAACUCAGGCAGCACUUACACAACAAUCAAGUGGACGGACAGCGUGUUCCUCAACAUGUUGGGGGUGAUACUUUUUGGUCUGACACUUUUCAUUCUUCUUUAUUGCGUGGGAAAAAAAGAACCUGCCCACUUCCCACCAGGACCCUUUGCCCUGCCUCUCUUCGGGAACGUCUUUAACAUUGCCGUAAAGCAGCCUCACUUGUAUCUGACUCAGUUAGCCGACACAUACGGGAAUGUCUACUGUCUCCGAGUGGGACAAGAGAAGACGGUGUUUGUGUGCGGAUGGAAGAUGGUGAAGGAAGUCCUCGUCACCCAGGCCGACACUUUCGCGGACAGGCCAUACCAAGCCUUGUAUGCAAGACUGUACAAUCAACACACAGGUGGGCUUUUGUGCAGCAACGGCAAGACGUGGAGGAGGCAGCGUCACUUCGCCAUGGGCACUCUUCGCACCUUUGGUCUGGCCAACGGAACUGUGGAGAAAAGCAUCUGCCAGGAGAGCCGACACCUACAUCAAGCCAUCACCCACCACAAAGGUCAAGCAUUUAAUCCCGCGACCGUCUUAAACAGCGCGGUGGCCAACAUAAUCUGCCAGGUCAUGUUUGGGAAAAGGUUCGACUAUAACGACCUCAACUUGCGUCAACUUCACACAAUGAUGACUGAGAUGGUCUAUCUUGAAGGUUCUGUGUGGGCCCUGAUCUACGAUGCCUUCCCAACGUUGAUGAAGCAUCUACCUGGCCCACAUAACAGAAUCUUCACCAACUUCCAAGCCUUGCAAGAGUUCAUCGGCACCCAGAUAAAGAGCCACCAAUUAGAUUUGGAUCCUGACAACCCACGAGAUUACAUUGAUACCUUCCUGCUGCAGAUCAAAGACAAAGAAAACCGUGAACUAGGUUUCACGGAAGAAAAUCUGGUUUUAUGCUGUCUGGAUCUAUUCAUCGCCGGGACAGAGACUUCUUCUAAAACACUGCAGUGGGGUCUGAUCUUCCUAGUCCAGAACCCUCACAUCCAGGACAAAGUCCAAGCAGAAAUCGAGCAUGUAAUCGGGCCUAACCGCUUCCCAGAGAUGGCCGACAGAGCCCGCAUGCCCUACACUAACGCCGUUAUCCAUGAGAUCCAGCGGAUGGCCAAUAUAGUUCCUCUCAACGGAACCCGAAUGGCCACCAGAGACACGAAACUGGGGGACUACGUCAUACCUAAGGGCAGUACCGUGUUGACCAUCUUGACCUCAGUCCUCUUCGACAAGAACGAAUGGGAAACUCCGCAUACCUUCAACCCCGGACACUUCCUGGAUGCAAAUGGCAAUUUUGUCAAAAGGAAUGCUUUCUUACCUUUUUCCGCAGGAAAACGUACAUGUCUGGGCGAAAGCCUGGCCAGAAUGGAGCUGUUUUUGUUCCUCGUUGGCAUGUUGCAGAAGUUCACCUUCUAUGCUGUGGAAGGAGUCCCGCUGAGAUCCGAGGGAACGGUCGGACUGACGCGUUCGCCGUACCCCUUCGAGAUCCGUGCCGAGGCACGUUAAGGGGUCCAAAGCAUGCACUUGUACUGUUGUUACUCACUAAAUUUAUUUUGUAUUCCAACAUUCAUAUUCUUUGGAUUAUUAGCUCCUUAGCUGCCAAUGACAGUGAUAGUCGUCUCAUCCAUUUUACCUUCCCCCAGUCAAACCGGAUUGGACGUCUAUCACCGUCAAUGGUGGUGAACGAGUCAAAAUUGGAUGUGAAGUGACUUGUGGUGUAUUUAGUACCCUUGCGUGCUUGAAAAUUCUAUUUGGUUGCAGGUGUUUCAUAUUUUUAACGUGUAAAAAGUAGGGCUGGGCAAUAAUUACACAUUUGAAUCAUAAUGUAUCACAUGUCAUUAACUACGAUUAAUCGCAUUGUCAUACACACAAUCCGAUAAUGAAUUCAAAAGUAGUAAUUAGCACACUAUUAUAAAAGUCAAUAGAAAUAUGUAUUUUUAAUUUUAAAAACACAUAUUUUAAAGCAACUCUAGGUAACUUUUCAGUUUUCGUCAUUUUUAGUGACACCGGUGGACAAA